CCACUGGAUCUGUGACCUGUUGCGUCCAGAAAUAGCCCGACAGAGAGAAUAAAUAGACCCACGGGGUGGCCUACUGAUACACAAGGGGAGACGACACUGGACAGCAAGAGAGCCACACUAAGAAGCGCUGCUUGAUCUUUCUGCAGGACAACAACUGAGCUCUUUUAAGAAAAUCUGCUGAGGUUUUUUGAAGACUUGAAGAAAGAAAGUUAAUAUUUGUGAAAGUGUGGCUGGAUUUAGCCAGUUUUAUUUCUUCCGGCGAGACCAAAGGUAAAUGGAUAUUCUGAACAGGAUGAAGUACUACAAAUGCCCCGUGUCCCACACUAUGGGAAUCAAGGCUUACAGCCAGGACUGUGGCGUCCCGGUCAGCUGCAAGAGCUCCGCUUCUCUGAAGCCAAUCCGCAGUGUGCACUUCCCCAACGACAUUGUUUUCCAGGACUACGUGCGACACGGCGAGCUGGAGAGGAUGGGACUUUUCAUCCGAGCCAGGAGAGUCAACCUGGACACCAUCUACCCCUCUGGCAUGGCUGCCAUCCACGAGGCCGUCCUGUCUGGGAACCUGGAGUGUGUGAAGCUGCUGCUCCACCACGGAGCUGAUAUCCACCAGAGGGACGAGGAGGGGUGGACCCCGCUGCACAUGGCCUGCAGCGACGGCUUCCCUCACAUUGCACGCUUCCUGCUGUCGCUGGGUGCCGACCCUGAGCUAGAGAACAACUGCGGGGAGAAGCCUGCCGACCUCAUUGAGCUGGACAACAAGGAGUUGCAGGAGCUGUUCGGGCUGGCCGUCAGUGACUGAGAUCAGGCUUGUCAGACUGGGGGUGGAAGGGGGACUGAAUACCCGGGGCCCUCAGGUGACGAAGGGCCCAAAAAGAUGCAAGAAUGAAUAGCUGUUGUGGUGGGGAGAGGCCCAUAGAGAAUGCUUUUCUACAGGGCCCAGAGUGUUGUGCUUUUAAAGCCACAAACUGGUCUGAAUGCCACUGGCCAGUCAAAGACUGUUCUGUAGGGAUGGACAUCUGUAGGGAUGGACACAAAAGGACACAGUCGGUCCAGCAUCCUGCUUUAAUGAGCGGCCUGAGCUCUGAAGGUAGAGGGCUGUGGAUGUCUGGCGGACGUGGGGCUGGCAGCUUAUGGGCUGCCUCCUGAAUGGAGGGACCUUCUGCUGGCAGGGGCUGCCCCCCCCCUGAUCUCCAGCAGUACAGAUUUACUGUCUCCUGCAGGAGCCUCUGGUCCUUUCAUACUGUUAUGAACUGUAGGAAUCAUUUUGAUUUUGAUCUGGCAUGUUGCUUCUGAACGCUGUGAAACUUGAAACUGUUUCAACGUCAGCUCGUUACCACCUGAAAGCUAACAUUAGCUUGUGUUGACUGCCUAACUAACACAUUUGUUUACACUAACAACCCUAGUUUACUGUAGUCAUAAGUUGUUUGUAUAAGGCUUUUUAUACUUUUUUAAGUAUAUACAAUAAAGUGUAUCAAACAAUUUCA